UCUAUCCUUAUUCAUAGGAAAUACUUUUUCUUAGUUAUAAAGAUAAAGAACCAAUAUUGAACUAAACUGCUAAGUUGACAUGAACGCUGCUAGAUAUCUGCUGCUAAAUAUCCAAAACGAACACAGAUUGACCCUUGGCAAGCAUUAAUAGAGAAAGGAGAUCCUGAGGAGGGUUUCCAAAAAUAUUAUAUUCAUUCAAAAAUUGGUUUUGGAGUGUUCGCAUCAAAUGAAUAUAAGGAAAAUUCUCCACUACUCCUUUACAGGGGCGAAUUGAUAACCCAGGAGGAGGCUCGGAAAAGAUCCCAGAACUAUCAAGAGGAAGGGCUGGGAAACUACUUGUUUGACUUUAAUAGCAAUGGUGAAAAAUUAUGCAUUGAUGCCACACAUUCCAACUGCUUGGCGAGAUUCGUGAAUGAUGCCCCAUCCCGGUGUGCCAAUUGUAAAAUGGUGUUACUGGUUCGUGACAAAGUGCCGUAUCUAGGCUUAAAGUCUCUAAAACUCAUAAAGACUAAUGAAGAGCUUAGAUACGAUUAUGGUGACAAAUGCAUGUUGUCUUGGAGAAAGCAGAAGAACUUGUGUGUACCAUUACAUUUAAAAGAUAUAAAGAAUCAGGGUAAUCAAAAGCUGCAGCAGAGUUCCAAGGUUUUAAAAUUAAUUGCACCUGUUAACAUGGCAUCUGUUUCUUGUGGUAACGUUGGCAAAAGAAAUAGUGCAGAUGAUCUUAGUCAACCACCGAGAAAGCUAAAAAAGAUCUCCCAUGCUAGUAUUCUGAAACUGAAGGAAGGGCAAAAAACUGUAAUUGAGGUAGAAGUAUUAAAAGAGCCUUACAUGAUUAUCAGAGAUCGUGAAAAUUUGUUCAAGCCAUUAAUAUAUAAGACGAAGAUCCCUAAUCUUCACUUUAAUCAGUAGCAUCUAAGAUAGUAUAUUUUGACGAAAUACCUGGGUUUUUUAAAAAGUGAAUAUAGUAGUGGAAAAAGCAGUAUUGAGUAAGACUACAGUAUUACAGAUUCAUAAAGGAGGAAGAAGGAACUCCAACUAAUCAAGAUUAACAAAGACAAAGUGAAUCAUGUCAGAAGAUGAAUAAAAGGAAGCCUGUUACUGAUACUAAGAAGGUGUGUUUGUCACCAGAAAAGAUGUAUCACAGCAAGUUUGAAAAAAGUGUUCAUCAUGCUUUGACAUUCUGGAAUCAGUUUUCCCCAAGGCUAGUUGUAAACAAACACCGGUAAUGAUUAUGGCUAGGCCUGUAACGAAAAGACGUUCACUGUGCACUGAAUUAGUUGUUGACAGGAAAGAUUACGCAUAUGAUAUUGAAUGUGAAGAAAAUGGUGAUGCACAUCUAAGAAGUGGCGAGAGUAAAAAGCAGUGGUAAAAAGUUUGUAAGUCUCUAAGCCUCCCAGUAAAAAAAGUAAUGCGGUGCAGGGAAAUAAUAUGCGGUGAGCUAUCAAGGCAAGCUCGAAGAAGUUUUAUAUUAUCACAAAGCUAAUAAAACAAUAUCUUUUGGCAGAGAAUGGGUCCGUUGAUAUCCUCCUGAUAAGUUGCCUGAUGCCUGAACUUGGAUCUGGUAGAGUUAGUACUGCUUUGUAAUAAAUUUGUACAGAAAAAUUUUAAACCAACUUUAGAAAAGUCUAAAUUUGAGUACCGCAGAACACCAGAGGAUUUAUUUCUUCAAAAGAUUUCCUCUUUUAUAUCAGGACUGCAGACUUAUAUUCAAAUCAACCAAAAAGAAGAUAUAUAUAUAUAUGUAUAUUUUUAAAAAAUCAACUAUAUGAAAAAUUAACUUUACUUAUACCUUUAUCAUAAAAAAUCGGGAGUAUAUCUCUCUAAUUUUCACAUAAAAUUCUUUAUAAUUAAUAAUUCUAGCGAGCGAGAAUAAUUUUGAAGAUAUGCUUUAAAGAUAUAAAGCAGACCAAUGUGUCUGUUUAAGCUGCGGGCCAGCUAUGUCCAUCUAUAUUGUUACGUACUUGUAUGUUAGACGCUUUCUAACUUGCAUACAUUACACGCUCUUUAGAGAAAUAGUGCAGAUGAUCUUAGUCAACCACCGAGAAAGGUA